AUGAAAGACGUGUUGGACCAUGCUGCCCGUGGUUUCGAAAGAGUUCUCGAGCGGUCAUGGACUCACCGUCACCGCGACCUGGCUGGCGGGACGAGAUCUCACAGAUCAGUAACAUGGGCGAGAACAGUAUCGCUAUGGACAAUGAAAGCUCUGUUGUUUACGCUGGUCUUAAUUCCAAUAAUAAUACCACCAGUGUUGCAUCAUCGUCUUCGAAUCACGCACAGGGGUCAGCGACCUCGCGGUUCAACGCAAUCCUCAACUCCAGUCUGAAUUCGAGUGGGAGGGCGAAUACGAUAUCGGGUGCGCUGAUGGGCAACGGUAAUGGGGAAGCCCACGGCUCAGAAGGGACCAGCAAACAGAACGGACGAAACGGAUCCAAAAGGAUACUGAUUGAUCAUAAGAAAGCGAAGGACGCCCUCAAUGAUUCGACUUCAUCCAUUGCUUCCACUGUUGCGUCAACGUUAAAUCUAAAAGCCAAGCUUAAAGUGUUUCCAGUUCGUAAAAUGACAGAUCAGACUGAGCAUGUGAAGAUGACCAACACGGACCAGUCAGACUCUCCCGAUGAUAGCCGGGAGACCAGCCCUCAACCGGCACCAAAGAAAAGAGUCGGCUGGGGAAAGAUAAUGGCGGGAAAGACGUGAUCAUUAAAAUCUAGGUUGAUCCAAGAACGCUUGUUUGGCAGAACCGCGGAUGUGUCUUUCAAAUGACUUUACAUGUUAACCGGCAGAGACGGAGCACCUGGCAGGACCGGUAUCAAGGCGUGGUUUUCUGAUGUAUCCGUCUCCGAAGAAGAGAAAUAGAAAUUACAGUUCAGAUGAAACUUAUGAUAUCGAUAUAGACAUCGCUUACUUGUUGAUGCCAUACCGAUUUUACCGAUAUUUGUUUCGGUAUGUUGGUGAAAGAAAAAUUCAGAGGGAAGAUUGAUGAAAACCUAAAUCUGAAUAAGUACAGCUUCGGAACAAAGAAUCGAUCUUAAGGAUCGUAGUAUAUGCACAACAUACAACCAUUAGAUGGUUGGGUUUUUUUUUCUUUUCAUAAAGAACAAAUGGAC